UUAAAAAAUCUAUUGCUGCUGGUAACAUGGAGGAAUAUUGGACAGUCAGUUCUUACAGCAGUACUUUUGAGCAAGACACUGAAUCUGUUGCAGCUCCAGGGAAGGUGAACCAACAGAGAUGAUUCUGUAUGACUAGCUAGCUAUCCUGUAGCUCCUGUUGCACUCCUUUUUGAAUUGGCUACAUACUAAUAAAAUAGAUGAAUCCUCCACUACUCUUAAACAUCUGCAUAUGCUUCAAGUGUAAGCUGCUAAUAGGAAAACGUCCCGAGGCCGUGCUGCAGACCGAUGUCCCCGGCUUUGUCUCUGGUCUCUGCACAGUGUUCGUGCCUGCACUGCUGCAUGCCUCUGCCGUUUAAAUGGAACUGCCCCUUUAACCGCGUGUCCGUACUGCUCAUGCUCGGAGCUUUGUGCAGGAGUUUCCCCGUCACAAACCAGCUGUGGACCGGAGAGAGACAGCAGGCAGACAGAGCCGAGAGAGAAGCGCCGCUCCGGGAGAGCUGCGGCUGUCUGUCGCAUCCUGUGAUAACAGACCCGGGCAGGCAGAGGGCACGUCUGUCUUUGUCUGGCAGCACAUCACCAGCACGAGAGCAGCGCACGCUGAGCAUCCGUGCUUUUAUCUGAUCUCCGGGAUUACAGUCUUUGACGUUGAAGCAGCAUCAUCCGGUCUCGGUGUUUACAUCGGAACCUUGACCACAGUGGAAGUUAUCUGGAAGACUUGUGGGGACGCGCCGCAGAGCGCGUAACACGGCUUUCUGUGUUUGUGUUGAUCCGAACAGAUGGACUUGCGUUUACAGUGUUUUUAAGGUCGAAAGUGUUUCCGUCAAAGUUUGAUCUCUUUGUCCUGUCCCGCAGCUUUCUCCACGUCGCUCGGCAUGUUCAGAUGGUGCGUAAUGUGUGUGUUCCACUGGCGUCACAGGUAGGCUUCAGCCUGCACCGACAGCCCCGACAGCCCCGCUGAUGACAGCAGAUCAUCUCACAUCGUAAACUGACAGCUCGUGUUCUGAUCAGGAGCUGCAUCCGCUCCAAACAAUACAAUAAGAAACAAACUCCGCGACCAUCAUGGAUGAUGUUGGAGGGAUACAUCUAUGCAUCUGGACGAAGGCGUCCAAAAGGAGCGCCCGGGACGUCCUGAAAACAUACCUGGGAGUAUUUGUUAUGCUUCACCUCGUGCUUCACACGGAAGCCUCAUCGGUGUCCAAGUCCUGCGAGAAAAACUGUUUUUCAGGGAAGUGCAUCAACGGGACCUGCGUGUGUGACUACGGGUGGGUCGGGGAUCAGUGCCAACACUGCCAGGGGAGAUUCAAGUUAACAGACCCGUCCGGCUCGCUCACAGACGGACCAGUCAACUAUAAGUACAAGACCAAAUGCACUUGGCUCAUAGAAGGAUACCCUAAUGCAGUGCUCAGGCUGCGCUUCAAUCACUUCGCCACCGAGUGCAGCUGGGACCACAUGUACGUCUAUGAUGGAGACUCCGUCUACGCCCCUUUGAUUGCCGUCUUCAGUGGUCUGGUAGUACCAGAGAGCAGAGGGAACGAUACGGUCCCGGAGGUGGUGACGACGUCCGGCUACGCUUUGCUUCACUUCUUCAGCGACGCUGCCUACAACCUCACCGGCUUCAGUAUCGCCUACUCGAUAAACUCUUGUCCCAACAACUGUUCGGGCCGCGGCAGAUGCGGCACAGCUAACUCCGUCUCGGGUCGCGUGUACUGCGAGUGCGAGGAGUACUGGAAAGGAGAAGCCUGCAACAUCCCGUACUGCAGGGACAACUGUGGCAGCCCGGGUCACGGCUACUGUGACCUCACCGGAGAGAAGCUCUGUGUCUGCAACGACAGCUGGCAAGGUCCGGACUGCUCUCUGUCCGUCCCCUCCACUGAGGCCUUCUGGGUGCUGCCGAGCGUCAAACCUUCAGCUCAGUCUCUGGGGCGGGCGUCCCAUCAGGCUCUGGUGCACUCUGGGCUGAUGUGGGUGGUGGGAGGAUACUCGUUCAACUACUCCAACUACCACAUGGUCCUCAACUACAACCUGGAGAGCAGUACGUGGGACGUGGUGCCCGUCAGCAGCGGCCCUCUCUACAGAUACGGUCACUCAUUGGCUCUGUACCAGGAUGACAUCUUCAUGUUCGGUGGGAAGCUGGAGGCUAAGUCGGCCAACGUGUCGGACGAGAUCUGGGUGUUCAACAUCCCCAGACGCACCUGGUCACCACGGAAACCAGCCCCGCCUCCUCCCUACGGCCUGGAGGGGCACAGCGCGCACGUGGCGGAGCUGGCCGACGGCGAGCCGGUGAUGCUCAUCUUCUUUGGCUACUCGCCAAUCUACAGCUACGUCAACAAAGUUCAGGAGUACAACAUCAGGUCGAACUCGUGGCAGGUUGUGUCUGCAGAAGGUGCCGUGGUGCAGGGAGGUUACGGCCACAGCAGCGUGUACGACGAGGCCAGCGGCUGCGUGUUUGUCCACGGGGGAUACAAGGCACUGAGCAACAACAAAUACGGCCUGGUGGACCACAUGUACCGAUACCACGUGCACACCAAAACAUGGCUGAUCCUCGGGGAGAGUGGUGUGGCGCGGUACCUCCACUCAGCGGUGCUUCUGAGCGGCACGGUGCUGAUUUUCGCGGGAAACACUCACAAUGACACGUCGCUGAGCAACGGAGCCAAGUGCUUCUCCGCUGACUUCCUGGCGUACGAUAUAGCUUGUGACGAGUGGACCGUCCUCCCCAGGCCGAGGCUGCACCGGGACGCCAACCGCUUUGGACAUUCUGCCGUGGUUAACAACGGCUCCAUGUACAUCUUUGGAGGUUUUUCGGGCCUCCUUCUGAACGACGUGCUGGCCUACACCCCUCCGUCCUGCCUGGCCUUUUCUACCCCAGCUUUGUGUGCCGCUGCUGGGCCGGGCGUUCGCUGCCACUGGGUCAACGGUAGAUGUGUCCCCUGGGAGCCAAGAACACCCGAGCAGGACUUCCCUGCUUUUUGCCCUGCGCAGCCUGACAGUACAGAUGAGCAGUGCUUCCGGUUCUCAGACUGUGCGAGCUGCACCGCCAACACACAGGACUGCCAGUGGUGUGAGGACAGGAAGUGUAUAUCUGCAUCCAGUAACUGCACCGUGCUGACUCUGGAGCUGGCACAGCAGCAUGGCGGCGCUCUGUCUCUGUCUCGCCCACCAACCAUGUUGUCUGAACAUCAGCUGAGCUUGUGGAAGCAUGGAGCCAGAAGGAGGGGGCAUUCGGUGAAGGACUCGUCCAGCUGUAAGCGCAGGGAGGAGCAGGAGUGUUUCAGACGGGCCAACUGCAGGAGCUGCUCCCUCAACGUCAACUGUCAGUGGGAGCUGCAGCAGCAGGAGUGUCAAGCACUUCCUGGCCAGCUGUGUGGGGAUGGCUGGCAGCAUGUCGGGGAGGCCUGCCUGAGGAUCAACUCCAGCAGCGAGAGCUAUGAUAAUGCCCAGCACUACUGCAAAAACCUGGGAGGAAAUAUUGCCUCUUUGCUCACAGAUAAACAAGUCAACUUUGUUCUGGAGGAGCUGCAGAAAUACCAGCUACAAGACAAGACUUUAUCUCCCUGGGUUGGUUUGAGGAAGAUCAACGUGUCGUACUGGGGCUGGGAGGACGCGUCGCCCUUCACCAACACCAGCCUGCGAUGGUUACCUGGAGAGCCCAGCGACUCAGGCUUCUGUGCCUACCUGGAGCGAGCGCAGGUGCCCGGUCUCAAAGCCAACCCCUGCACAGCCAACACCGAAGGCCUGAUCUGUGAAAAACCUGCCGGGAGUCCACAGAGUCAAAGUGCUCGUCCCUGUAGGACGCCCUGCUCUCUGCGCACCAGCUGUGCCAACUGCACCAGCCAGGCCAUGGAGUGCAUGUGGUGCAGCAGCACGCAGCGCUGUGUCGACUCCUCGGCGUACGUCGUCUCCUUCCCCUACGGACAGUGUCUGGAGUGGCAGACCCAGGACUGUGCUGCCCAGAACUGUUCCGAUGUGAGGACAUGUGCAGAGUGUUUGGAGAGGACGGAGUGCGGUUGGUGUGGUGAUCCCAGUAACACCGGCAGGGGAGUUUGCACGGAGGGGUCCUACCGAGGCCCCCUGAAGCCCGCCGUCCCGAGGGCUGGGCCCCGAGACCGAGAGCGGCUACGAGACAGAGACAUGGUGCUGGAUCAGAGUCUCUGUUCGUCUGACAGAGGCUUUAACUGGGCUUUCAUCCAAUGUCCCGCGUGUCAGUGUAACGGUCACAGCAGGUGUGUGAACGGCAGCGUGUGCGAGCGCUGUGGGAACCUGACGGCAGGGAUGCACUGCCAGAGCUGCAUGCCCGGUUACUAUGGCGACCCCACCAACGGCGGGAAGUGCAUCGCGUGCAAGUGUAACAGCCAUGCCAACGUGUGCCACGUCAACACAGGGAAGUGCUUCUGUACCACCAAGGGCAUCAAGGGAGACCAGUGUCAACUAUGUGACUCAGAAAACCGUUACCUUGGUAACCCUCUCCGAGGAACCUGCUAUUACAACCUGUUGAUCGAUUACCAGUUUACCUUCAGUUUGCUUCAGGAAGACGACCGCCACUACACCAGCAUCAACUUCAUGGCUACACCUGAACAGGCCAACAAGAACCUCGACAUGUCCAUCAAUGCCUCGAACAACUUCGACCUCAACAUCACAUGGUCCUUAAGCUCAACAGCCGGCACCAUCUCAGGUGAAGAGAUGCCCAUCAUCGCCAGGACCAACAUCAAAGAGCACCGUGACAGUUUCUCGUGUGAAAAGUUCAACUUCAGACUUCACCACAACAUCACUUUCUACAUAUACGUGUCCAACUUCAGCUGGCCAAUCAAGAUCCAGAUCGCCUUCUCUCAGCACAACAGCAUCAUGGACCUGGUGCAGUUCUUUGUCACCUUCUUCAGCUGUUUCCUGUCUCUGCUGCUGGUCGCUGCUGUGGUUUGGAAAGUCAAACAGACCUGCUGGGCCUCCCGACGUAGAGAGCAGCUGAUGAGAGAGCGGCAGCAGAUGGCCAGUCGUCCCUUUGCUUCGGUUGCUGUAGCGCUGGAGGUGGGCGGUGACCAGGAGGAGCUGCUACAGGUUGGACUCGGCUCGGUUCAGUUUGGUUUAUGCGCCUGCAGAAACCUCUGGAGUACCUGCACUUAUCUCUGCCUCAGCCUGGUUUCCAUUUCAUUCUUGAAGGCCGUGCCGAAGCCCAUAGCCAUGGAGCCAUGUUGGGGGAGCCGAGCAGGUGUUCUGACGGUGCUGCUGUAUCUGCCCAGAGUCCCUUCUGGAAUACCUCCACCAGGACAGUCUGGUGUUGCUAUCGCCAGCGCUCUGGUGGACACAUCCCAACAGCGAGCGAUGGACUUCAAAGAGAGAGGCCUCGGUCUGAAGCACCGCAAACACAUUGUGCACCAUCAAGGGACCUGUGUAUGAACUGGAUUCACUAAACAAGGUAACAAGAAAGCCGCCGUGCCCACAGAGGAUUUGACUGGAGAUAUUGUCCUUUAAGACAAAAGAGACACAUUUAAACAAAGGCGUUGGCCUGCAUACAUCGGGGAUGAUCUUUGAUAGGAGCUUGGAAGGAGAGGAGAUGUAUCCUCCGUCGACGGGACCUGGAGAUACGGCAACUGUGCUGCCUUUGUUUCCUGGAUCAGAUGGAAAACGUCUUCAUCAACAUGCUAUUCUUGUCCCUUGUGUGUGUUUGUGGGUCCUGAUGAAGGAAAACAAGAGUUGGAAACCUUCAGAUUGACGGUGAACAUGUGUUUCUCCACCACAGCUUUGGUCAGACAGUAACUGUGAGUGCUGGCAGGCUUUUUCCACUUCCACGCCAUGUGGCUGUGCAUCUCCAGGGCUCUCCUCAUCUGUCACGCAGUCUGCCAUAUUGACAGAGAAAGACACUUGUUUUGCACCAUUAAACCAAACGAAAUGGCUUCGAGCUCCUGCGAAAGAUAUCGAGCUGAAAUGAAGUCGUCCACAGACUCGGGAUGCUGGAGCCGAACACCGUCGUGGAUGUUCUGCAGACGAUUAAAGAUUACUGCUGUUGAGAUGGUGACGGACGGAGAUCAUCGGAUUCAACUGUUGAGAUCGGUCUUUAAUGAAAUCCAUGUGCUUCUUGUUUUUCCCUGCACCGAGAUUUAAAGUUCUACAUUUUGGUAUCUGCUCAGGUCCUCUGUAAUGGAAAAGGGUCCAUUCUCUGUAGCUUCGGGCCUUAUACGUGUCUGUAUGUGCACUGUAAGUGUAAUGCUUUACCAGAACAUUAGGACCCUCUGUGGGAUAAUAUUAUGCAACUGAUCAUCCAAAUGUAAUGUAACCUCAAGGUAUCAUCACACACACACUACUGAUGGUGUUUUACUGUGAAGAUACAUCUUCUCUCGUGACCUCCAGUAAAUGUCAUGCCUGUUUACUUGUGAUACAAACUUUUAUGUAACAUAUCUCCUUAUGUAAUAUUUAUUAAUUAUGCAAAUGACAGAUAAAGAAUUUUACAAAUGCACUAAGGAUUUUUUUUAACAAUGACUAAAUAUAAUCGUGCAGUAUUCCCUUUUUCGCUUGUACCCUCAGUGUCUUUUCAUUUCAAAAUAUAUUAUAUUUAAUGCAUAAGCAAGUUAUGUGAUGUCAAGAAGAUUUCCCUUUUACCGAUUUGUGUUGAAACCUUCAUUAAAUAUUAUAAAGUCACUUUUCUAUCAACUGCACAUCACACAGCGUUACUGUACAUUACUCGUCAGGAGGUGAGGUGUUUGGGUGCAGAUGUCUGUUUCUUUUUGUAUGAAGGGUUUGCAAAAGAAAGUAAUGUUUUGUACAUCGAGGACAAAACUCUGAAACAGGAAGACGAUACCUGAUCAUCGGUACGUAAGCCGGAAGCUGAGCAUCAUGUGUGCAGAUAACAAUGCCUCUAACAAGCUGCAACAUAAAUAGAAGGUUAGCUCAUGGUUAGCACUGUUGGAAUUUGAUCUGAACACACUACGGACGGACACAUCCAGCCGCUGGGUCGACCGCAGAGCCUCCUGUAGUUCAAUAAUGAUCAAGGGUCACUUGUGCUUUUGCAGAUUAGGAUGUUUUAAAUAAUUUCAUUAUUCUUCAUUCGAGGCCAAACCUGUUUCAAAUGAAAAAAUAAAAUGUUCUGUCUGAACUUUAUUGUUUUUUAUCUCCAUUACUGAAGACGAGAAGAGAAACAGCUGAUUCCAAACGUUACUGUACGUCUAUAUGCACAUGUACGGUCUAUAUAUUGAGCCUGAUUGUUUCCAGUCGGGCGCUUUGUCUUUAUGUCAUUUUGCACCAGUUUGUUGUUGAGACUUCUAUUAACAAAGGGCAGCGCACCACCACGUGUGUCCAUGAGCAGAAAUAUGUACAUUUACAAUUAAAA